AUGGAAAAUGGCAAAAGAUCUGAAUUGUUUACUACCCCUGUGAUAGCAUCACGCAUCCUAUCGCUCCUCAACUCAAACACCAUUACCGCACCAGAAGAGCCAUUACAAUCUGACCAGGAAGUCAAUAAUAACGACGCAGUGUACUCUGACGAUGAUCUGGACCAAGAUUUUGAUAGCAUAGAUGCUGAACUCCUGACAGCUAACAGCGAGGCGCUCCGACGGAAGUUCCUCGAUUGUGUCUGUGAACUUCUUACGCACACCAAAGGGGGAAACUUCGUCACAGCUGCUGCGCUCAGGGAAAAAGAAGACGAAGUUGAAGUUGAUAUUGCUCAAAACAAUAGCCUUGACGCGGAGGACCGAACCUAUUUAGGUUUAUUGAAGCAUUUUCUCGCCUUGCAAGCUAACGAUAUCUCGCCUCGAAUGCUCGCUGAAUCCUCCCACGCACUUUUGGAACGGACUAUUGCUUACAGUACAGAAAGAGUGGACAGCCAGGCUGAAGCCAUGGCUAAACUUUUUCAAGGGUCGCCAUACCGGCCUUCACAGCAAUAG